AUGGCAAGUCAUCCCGUGUGCUCAGUAGAUGAAGAACGAGCUUUAGAUCUUGCCCGUCAGUGUCUGCUAGCAGGUCAAAUCAUUGCUCUGCCCACAGAUACGGUCUACGGCUUGGCUUGCGAUGCCAACAACGAGCAAGCCAUUCAGCGACUGUACGAGAUUAAGGGACGAGAUGAGCACAAACCUGUCGCCAUUUGUGUGCAUAAUAUUAAGGCUCUCCGUCGUUAUGGCCAGGCGGAUCACCUCGGCGACGAGCUGCUAACUCGUUUGCUUCCAGGUCCACUGACCAUAGUGAUUGAGAGAGCUCCUGCCUUAAGUAACCCCUUACUAAAUCCUUCAACCUCAAAAAUUGGUAUUCGUAUUCCAGAUUUUCAAUUCAUACGCAAAUUGUGUGGAGUUUGGCAUGAGCAACCUCUGGCUCUUACCAGCGCCAAUCGUUCCAGUGAGCCGAGUAGCCUGCAAGUUGAAGAAUUUCGCUGCCUUUGGCCACAAUUAGGAGGCAUAUUUGAUGCCGGUCCAAUUGGUUUGACCGAGGAGCGACGUCUCGCCUCCACUGUGAUUGACCUGGCCAAACCAGGCAGCUAUACUAUAGUUAGAGCCGGUGUUGCCCUGAAAGAGACACGUAAAGUGCUCGAGGAAUAUGGCCUAAAGGAAAAUAAAUACCAAUAGUGAUUCAAUCCAAAUGAUUAUAAAAUAGUUUUGAAUUUUAAAAUUAUAUUCGAAAUUAUAUCCAUUAGAAGUCUCUUGUUCUUUUGGUUUUAAAAGGUGAUGCAAUAUUUCCUUGCAUUUUCCAAAUAAAAUAUUUUUCGUAUUUA